GACUCCAAAGGGCACACGUUGUCCUCUGCAUGUUUCCAAAUUUUCCUUUACAUGAAGACUAUCGGAUCAGAGUUCAUCUAGAGCAGCAUUUUGUUGAGAAAAUUCAGCAUGCACAUAUUUUUGAGACAUAGUUGGAUCCACAAAACCUAAAAACCUGAUCUCCUGUAUUGUUACAAUAUAGGAAUUUUCUUGAGAUCAGGUUUCCCUCAGCGCUAGCUUCUUGGUCCGACUCUGCAUUGGUUUCUUACAGUCCUCCGGUCGGUAGGGGGCGCAGCAUCUCCGUGGUUUCUCCGGACCGGAAAUCUCUUCUGAGGGUCGGCCGUAACUGAGGGAAGUAGAGAGGCUGUGUUGUGCUUACAUCUUUUGGUUGUGGCUCAAUGGCGGGCAGACGCCUGGGAACCCUGCGUGCGCUGCAGGCAGUGGACACUGAGCUUACUGCGGACUCGGUGGAAUGGUGCCCAGUAGAGGGUUGUCAGCAUCUAAUGGUCUGCGGAACCUACCAGCUGCGAGCGCCCGAGGACCAGACUGCUCUGGAUGUCAGUGAGCCUCAAGUUCGUUUAGGUCGCCUCUACCUGUACAGUUUCAACGAGGACAGCACGGCUAAACCUCUGGUUGAGGUUCAAAGAAGGGACUCUUCCGCCAUCCUGGACAUGAAAUGGUGCCAUAUCCCAGUAUCUGACCACGUGCUUUUAUGCUUGGCAAAUGCCAGUGGAUCUUUAGAGCUGCUCCAAUUGGUGGAAUGUGAGAAAAACAGUUAUACCCUGCAGCCAAUAUCUAGCCUCACCCUGGAGGAGAGGUGCCUGUCCUUGUCACUGGAUUGGUCCACUGGAAAGUCUGUAAGGGCCAGAAACCAGCCCUUGAAGAUCAUUAGCAGUGAUUCUAAGGGGCAGUUGCACCUCCUGAUGGUAAAUGAGGGAGCAGCUGAACUACAGCUUGUGGCUUCAUGGCCAGCCCAUCACUUUGAGGCCUGGAUUGCUGCUUUCAAUUACUGGCAGACAGAACUCGUAUAUUCAGGGGGAGAUGACUGCCUUCUGAGAGGCUGGGAUACUAGGAUGCCUAACAUACCUGUCUUCACUAGCAAAAGACACACCAUGGGUGUGUGCAGUAUCCAGUGCAACCCCCAUCAGGAACACAUACUGGCUACUGGCAGCUAUGAUGAGCAUGUUCUGCUGUGGGACAUUCGGAACACAGAGCAACCUUUGGCAGAUAUGCUGGUACAAGGAGGCGUGUGGAGGCUCAAGUGGCACCCAGUCCACCACCACCUACUCCUGGCGGCUUGCAUGUACAAUGGCUUCAAGAUUCUCAACUGCCAGAAGGCCAUUGAGGAGAAGCAGGACAUGACUGUUUUAAUAUCCCACAAAAUGCCUAACUCAUUAGUAUAUGGGGCCGACUGGUCCUGGCUUCUUUCCCAUUCCAUGAAGCCCACACCUACCUGUUCCUUUGAUCAAAGUGAUAUGGGAGCCAGAGCAGCAGACGGCUACAGCCUAAUAGUUGCACAGGAGCCACCAGCAUCUCUCCAUGAACAAAUAGUGGACCGCCAUGUGGAAAGGCCUGCUAAAACUCACAGAGUUGAACCGAAGGCUUCUCUCUUUCCAUUAACAGAGGACAUGAAAAACAGCAGCAAACUGUACCCCUCAGCCAAGACCUGUGAUCUCAGCCUCCACUCCAGUGGACAGAACUUUGACAAUAGCCUCUUGGCCACCUGCUCCUUUUACGACCAUGUUCUCCACCUCUGGAAAUGGGAGACAGAGCAAGCUUGAGGUUGCAUUCUUUGCAUCCUCUGGAGAGUGCUGGCCAUUGAGAAUGAACUUUCUGGGGGCUAGAGAAAUGGCUUCAGUGGUUAAGAACACUCACUGGUCUUCUAGAGGACCUGGGUUCAAUUCCCAGCACCUACAUGGCGGUCUGUAACUCCUGUUCCAGGGGAUCUGACCCCUUUACCCAUGCAGGCAGAACACCAAUGUGCAUAAAAUAAAAAUAAAUUUAUGAAGAGAAUGAA